AUGACGCAGCCUGGAAAACCCAGAGCGGGUGUUCUUCAGAUCCCCGUGGCGGCCACACAGAAGUCGGGCUCCGGAGCGCCUCCAAAGAAGGCUCCCAAACCCCCCGCUCCACGUUUGAAGCUCUUGAUCCGACGUCUACCUCCAGGAUUGACUCAAGCCGAGCUUGAGGCUGCUCUGGGAGACGAAUGGAAGGCCGGUGCCGGAAAGGUCGACUGGCUUCAGUACAAACCUGGCAAAGUAUCGAAAGAUCCUGCCAAACCUUCCCGUCCCUCGCGAGCCUACAUUCAUGUCGUAUCCACCGAACAUGUCACAGCACUUUCGGACAAGGUACACCAGGAAUCGUUCCAGGAUGCCCGUCACACUUCCAACGAUCCCAUUCUGCUUGGACCUCCAUCGCUGGAGUAUGCAGCUUAUGCCAAAACUCCCGGAAGUCGCUCUCGCAAGGAUGCCCGCCAGGGCACGAUUGAUCAAGACUCAGACUUCAUUGCGUUCCUCGAAAGCCUCACCCAGCCCAUCACGAAGCCGGCCCCUGUCGAUUCAAUGGCUGAUGUCGAAGAGAAGAAGAAGGAUUCUGUUACAACUACCCCUUUGGUGCAAUAUAUCAAGGAUAAGAAAGCAAGCAAGUCGAAAGACGGUGGCUCCAAAUCCUCCAAGCACAGCCGCGCGGAGAAGGAAUCCAAGCAGGAGAAGGUCGUGGCGAAGAAGCUUUUGCAGCGGGCCGACAAGGAGACCAGCUUAAACUCCGAGAAGAAAUCCCGGGGCGAGAGGACAAGCAAGGAAUCUACGAAGACAACCAAACAAGCAGCCGCCAGUGCCAAGGCAGGUAAAUCGGCUGCUACGGCAAGCGCUACGAAAGAAAAUCCCCCGGCGUCAGAGCGCAAAAGAGAACGCGGAAAUGUUGCGGCGGCUACUAAGAUCCUUCAGCGCGAUCUUGGAAUUUCGACCUCUGGAGGCCGCCGGCGCGGCAAAGGUGGUGCCGGUGAUACUGGUUCUCCCAAAAAUGAAAGUUCUCGCGAUUCCGCCGCUCCAUCUACCGAUGUUCCCAAGAAAGAGUUUGCCAAAUCUGCCAAGAAUGCUUCUUCUACAAAGCCCAAGGAGGAAACAUCCUCGCGGGUAUCCCAAGCCAGUCCUGCGCCGGCCACGAACCCACCUGCCAAAUCCUCCAAGGGUACCAAAGCGAAACUGGCCGCCAGCCCUGCACCCACUGCUACACAAGCGUUCUUGAAGCACGCCAACCCUUCGCAGGGUGUCACUGAGGCACUCUUGGAGGUCGCAUUCACCCCAUUCGGAACAGUGACUAAGGUUGAGAUUGACAAGAAGAAGGGAUUCGGAUACGUCAGCUUCGCUGGACCAGAGGGACUUCAGAAGGCCAUUGCUGCCAGUCCCGUCUCAGUCGCCCAGAGUCAAGUGGUGGUGUUGGAGCGCAAAGCCAAUCCCCAUCCCAGUGCAGAGAAGUCUCGCAAGGGUCGCGACGCACCGGCACCCAGCGCCAAUAAGGACAAGGCCAAGGCCGGUGAAGGAGGUGCCAACAAUGCCGGGUCUUCACGUGGGUCUCGUGGAGGACGCGGAUCGCGCAACAAGGGACCUAAGGGAGGUAACGGAGGCAGUGCAGCUCCAGAGAAGACAGGAGGACCGGAGGCCACCUGA